CAGGGCUCCGGUGGCUCCAAAGUGACGGACUCCCUCUCCCCUGCUCCCCUCAUCCAUUCUCUCGCGCAUAUAGCCUCCCUUUGCCAUAUUCUCGCGCGCGCUCUUUCCAGCGUCCCCGCCCGGGCAGGGGAGCACCCGGCAGAGGCGUGCCGCUUUCCUUCCAUGCCUCCGUCUUAAAGAGCGCCACGAGGGGGAGGGGAGGGCCGGAGGAGGAAGAGGAGGAGGAGGAGACCGAGAGGGCGCCCGGGAGGCAGGGCGCGCGCACACACCGAGGGACGCGCGGAGGGUACGAGCCGCGCAGCGAGCGUAGAGCUUCCUCGGCCGCCGGGCGCCCCCCUGCCGCCCCAUGCUGUGCUCCAUGGCGAACUCGGGCUGCCUCCUGCUGUCCAACUCCGGCAGCAUGCUCCCGCACUCCGUGCCCUGCCCGCCCGCCUUCCUCUACCUCCAACAGGGCAAUCAGGACGCCACGGCUCCGCCUGAAGCGAUGGCCCAGCCCUACCCCCCGGCCCAGUACCCCCCUCCGCCACAGAACGGCAUCCCCGCCGAGUACGCCCCGCCGCCACCGCACCCCACGCCGGACUACUCGGGCCAGACCCCGGUCCCCCCAGAGCACGGCAUGACUCUGUACACACCAGCACAGACCCACCCGGAGCAGCCGAGCAGCGAGACCAGCACACAGCCCAUUGCAGGGGCCCAGACAGUGCCGCAGACAGACGACGCGGCACAGACGGACAGCCAGCCGCUCCAUCCCUCCGACCCCACAGAGAAGCAGCAGCCCAAGCGGCUACACGUCUCCAACAUCCCCUUCCGGUUCAGGGACCCCGACCUGCGGCAAAUGUUCGGGCAAUUCGGAAAAAUUUUAGACGUGGAGAUCAUUUUUAACGAGCGGGGCUCCAAGGGUUUUGGGUUUGUAACUUUUGAAACUAGCUCAGAUGCUGACCGAGCCCGGGAGAAGCUGAAUGGGACGAUCGUAGAGGGACGGAAAAUUGAGGUCAAUAACGCCACGGCCCGAGUCAUGACCAACAAGAAGACUGCCAACCCCUAUACCAACGGCUGGAAGCUAAACCCGGUGGUAGGGGCAGUUUACGGACCUGAAUUCUAUGCGGUGACGGGGUUCCCCUACCCCACAACCGGCACAGCCGUUGCCUACAGGGGCGCGCACCUACGGGGCCGGGGCAGGGCUGUGUACAAUACGUUUCGGGCUGCGCCGCCCCCGCCCCCCAUCCCGACUUACGGAGCGGUCGUGUAUCAGGAUGGCUUUUAUGGUGCUGAGAUUUAUGGAGGCUAUGCCGCCUACCGAUACGCUCAGCCCGCAGCCGCCGCGGCCGCCUACAGCGACAGUUAUGGCAGAGUCUACGCGGCCGCUGACCCCUACCAUCACACCAUCGGCCCCGCGGCGACCUACAGCAUUGGAACCAUGUGAAAGCUUCCACCGUUUCCUUCUUGGACCAUGAAGGGCAAAAACAAAAAAACACAAAAAAAUCACAAAACAAAAAACAAAACAAAAAAAGAUGUUCAGAUCCAAGCAACAAAACAACCAACCAAACCGAGAAGCAUCCACCACGUCCGAGUCCGCGAGCCCGCGAGCCAUCGCACCGCAGCGAGGGAGCAGGUCCGCGGCCCCCGGCCGCCGGCAGCGCGCUGGCAGGAGGGAGGCGGGAGGGGAGGGACUCCGUUUUCUACCAAGUCUUCCUUCCGGACCCACUCGAGGCAGCGUGGGCCAGCGGCGAGCGGCUGCAGGCCCAAGCAGGAGGAGUGGCCAGCAGGACUCGACCUUGGCUGCCGGCUGCGAGCGGAGGGACGGCUGGGCGGGCGCGGGGACGGGGGCUGCUUUUCAUCUCGGGGCUUCGGCUGUGCCCAGUCACCCUGUGUCUUGCGCUCUGGGCCCCGGCUACCCCUCCUGCCGCGCCGCCAACCCCUGUGUCCUGCGAACCUAGGGAGGAGUUUGCAGCCACUGGAGGCUGUCCAACCAGCAGCCCUGGGGGCCGACCUCAACACCAAGGGCUGAUGUGUUUCCAGAACUACAGGGCACCCAGGCCCCCUCCCCCCACAUGAGGGGGCUCUGGCUGCCCAGCCAGGGGUGAGGGCCUUGAGCCCGAGGUCUUGUUCUGACUGGUCGU